AUGGAAAAAAGGAAAUGGUUGUGGAAGAAGAAAUCAUAUGAGAAGAGCCCUGGUGAAACAGAAAGUUCCGGUUCAAUAUCUUCACAUUCUGAGAGAUAUUCUGAUGAGCAGGAGUCAUUGAAGGUGUCUCCUAACCAUAGCAUUCAAUCACCAGAGGUCACCUCAAAAGCCUCAAUCAUUAAUGACUACCUUGAUGAUACUGUUAAGAGUCUGAAAGAAAAGUUAUCAGCUGCUCUUGUCAAUGUUAGUGCCAAAGAAGACUUGGUUAAGCAGCAUGCCAAAGUGGCUGAAGAAGCUGUUGCAGGUAUUAGUUUCCCUCCAUCGGAUCUCAGUUCUCAUGAGCAACAAUUAUGGAAGGCCACAUUUCUGCAUCCUGGGGCUGUUUCAGUCUUAUAUCCUUCUGCAUAA